UGCUAUUUUUACAGGUAAACACAAGUCUAUUGCUUUAUAAUACGGAUCAUAAACGGUGACAUUCUUUGAAGAGGAGUCUGCAAGUUCAAAAAAAUGGAGGGCGAACGUGAAACGGCUCCUAUAGAAAUCAGCGCCGAUCAUGACGACGAUGCAAGUAUUUUAGCAGAAUUCGAGAUGCCUGAACAUCGGGUGGAGUGGACAGACGUAAAGGGAGCCCAGGAUGUAAAAGACGCCCUGAAGGAAUGCAUCCUGCUGCCCCUCAAGUUCCCCGCCUUGUUCAAGGGCAUGCGUGUCCCACACAGAGGGGUUCUGUUGCUAGGAGCUCCAGGAACCGGAAAGACGCUUCUUGCGCGUGCUCUUCAGACGGAGGCCGGACGAGACGUCACCUGCUUCUACGUUCACGCAUGGGACCUUCUCGGAAAGUACUCAGGCAAUCCGGAAGAGAAAUUGCGGGCUCUAUUUUCGGCAGCCCAGUCCCGGGAGCCGGCCAUCAUAUUUCUGGACGAUAUUGAGGUGAUCGGCUCAGACUCGAAGAACGACCGGAACCGGAGGGCAUGCAAUGAAAUGUUGAUCGGCUUUUCACAGCUCCAAAACAAUGUGUUUGUGGUAGGCCUCACCCAUGCGCCCUGGGCCAUUAACCUGGCGUUGUUGAAGCGAUUCAGCAAACGGCUGUAUAUGCCUCUUCCUGACACGGACGCACGGACGGACAUACUGGGCGCCCAGCUCCGCUCCAUGGACCACACGCUCACGGAGGAGCACCUCCGGAGCCUUAGUUCCCGGUGCGCGGGGUACAGCGGGUCCGACCUCGUAGUGCUUGUGCGUGAUGUCGCCAUGGAACCCGUCCGCAGGCUCCAGGCCGCCACACACUUCAAAAAGGCAAAAACGUCGACUGUCUGGCACUAAACUUAAGU